AUGAUAAAGAUUGCAACUCCUAAACUACAUCCCUAUUCGUCCCACAUCUCCAAGUUUGCAAUGUUCCCAUCGUUCCGCUCUCCAGAUGACCCUGAAACAGGAGUCAGAGCGGCCUUCCAACCUUUCCUCAACCCCCUGAUCCCAAAUUGUGCACCAGACAUCACUCUGCUGAGCAAAACUAUGGGUGCUCCAUAUAGACAUGAGGUCUUGGAAACACCCAUGGCAACCAGGACAAAAGCUGUUACAUGGACCGGAGAAAACAGAUUCCUGGAUCAAACAAAGCCAUUGAAGGGACAGAACCAGGUCUUCUACCCCACUCCUUCUAAGACAGUGCUGCCCAACCCGAAACUUCGUGCCUGGGAUUUGUCAUUAUCUGAGAGGACGAGCAACAUGCUGAGAAACCUGGAGAGGACUCACUGGGUCACCUCCUACCAAAUGCACUACACAGGAUCGGGGCCAGCCAAUCCUCUUAAGAUAGAUGACUUCAAUGACAAGAUGUGUGAUCUCACUGGCAUGAGCUCACUCUCUGCACCGCUGAGAGAAAGGUCCUUCCCUGUGUUCGUGCCCUCUAAAUCAAGUAAAGGACGUAGAAGGCGACAGGAUAGCUGUCCGGGGAGGAGCACCUGCAGUCCUGCUGCUGCUGAACUCCUAAAUCCAUCUCCAGCUCCAAACCGAGGCACCGCUUCAGCAACUAUAAACCAACACAGGCCACAAGAGAUCACAGCUAAGCAUAAUGAGGCAUCAGAUACAAACCAAAGGGGGCGUAUUCUAUCAGAGUACAGCUGCGGCUGCACAGAAACACAGGGCUCAGGGCUGUCCCAGGAGGUCGUACACCAACAACAAACUGAGAGCCAAAGCUCGGCGUGUGAGGGCAGGGGGAGAGAAAACUGCAGAGUCCAGUUUAAUGAAAGUUCCAUGCAAGUAUGUGUGUCACAGAGCCGCCAAGAGGCUAACGCUGCCCGGAUCUCAGACACAGAGCGACCUCUGGACCUGUACAACCGCCCACUUUCCCAGGGAGAGAUGACGGCCAAAGGAGAGAAAAGCCUGCAUGCAAAGGACGAACCAAGCAGCAGAAAGGAGACUUCUGGACCAGGAAGAAAUAUUUCUAGCUUGAGUAAGUCAGAUGUAGCUAAAGAUAUGGCAGGUACUGAAUCACAUGAUGAGUUGUCAUCAGGGGCAGCUGCAGAGCAGGAGAAGCUGGCGGUGGGAAGUGUCUCUAACCCCUGCAUCCUGCCCAGGCCUCCCGUCCUGCCAGGCAUCCGCCCAGUGGACAGAUGUGGAGGAGGCGCAGCUCUCAGCCUCCUGGACGUUCAGGGUUUAUUCAGCAAGACGGCGGCCCAUCGCAACUUUAACAGCUCCAUCACACGGGCUGCCGUGAACCUGAGGGACAACGUCGUCACGGGGAAAAAACACGACUUCUAUGGGAUCAACUGUCAUUACCUCCAUGGAUAA